UACGUCGAGCAGUUCUCGAAGACUACCGGUAACACAAGCGUGCGGAGCUUUAGAGAGACUCCUGCCUGUCGUAACGAUGUUAUCAGGGUGUCUGUUUAGGUUUUCUUUAGAACGGAAAUGAACCAGAAUAAAUGAGUACAAGAAAGAGAUCGGAGAUCCAUACGUGUACACCCGAGGUGCCAACAGCAGUCAACGCAGACAUCAGCAAUGUCCAAGGAGCUUAUUCAGUCCGCCGAGCAAGUGUUUCCACAGGAAGCAACGGACCUGGAAGCUUGUCGCCAGCCCCAGCGUCAUUCUUACUUACAAGGGUCGUGCAGCGCACAGUCCCAAUAUCAACAGCCGCGGCUGCACCAUUCACAAAUAUCACCAGUUCAGUCACAGGCAUUCGAAUUACCACCGAAUCAAGAAGGGCCACUAUCUUCCCACGAUAUUCCCCAAGAGUGUCGACCUCAUCAGCAAAUACAGACAUCAAAACCAUCAUCGCGAGCUGACGAACCGGAACACGACUCCGGGCUGUGUGGGACCAUCCUGACCGCCAUCUCCUGGGUCCUAGUCGUCCUAACGCUGCCCUUCUCUCUCUUCGUCUGCUUCAAGGUUGUCCAAGAAUAUGAACGAGCAGUAAUAUUCCGCCUUGGGAGACUGAUGUCUGGAGGUGCCAAAGGACCAGGAAUCUUCUUUAUCUUACCCUGCAUUGAUUGCUAUGCUAGAGUGGACUUGAGAACACGAACAUAUGAUGUUCCUCCACAAGAGGUUCUUACAAAGGACAGUGUGACAGUGUCAGUGGAUGCUGUGGUGUAUUAUCGUGUCUCAAAUGCAACUAUUUCUGUUGCCAAUGUGGAGAAUGCUCAUCAUUCAACACGACUGCUGGCACAAACCACUUUGCGAAAUACACUUGGCACACGGCCACUCCAUGAAAUUCUCAGUGACAGGGAUACAAUAUCAAGUCAAAUGCAACUGACACUCGAUGAUGCUACUGAAGCCUGGGGAAUCAAAGUUGAGAGAGUUGAGAUAAAGGAUGUGAGACUUCCUGUGCAGUUGCAGAGAGCAAUGGCUGCUGAGGCUGAAGCAGCCCGAGAAGCAAGAGCAAAGGUAAUUGCAGCUGAAGGUGAACAAAAGGCUUCAAGAGCCUUACGUGAAGCAUCUGAAGUUAUUGGAGACUCUCCUGCUGCUCUCCAGCUCCGGUAUUUGCAGACUUUGAAUACAAUUUCUGCUGAGAAGAAUUCUACAAUUGUUUUCCCACUGCCUAUUGACUUUUUGACAUAUUUCAUAAAAGCAUCUGAAAUGCAAAAUGCUGCGAAACAAUGAAGAUCACACCAUCUGAGAUACAAUAUUUUUUCAUUGCUUCAAUGAAAUAUACUUUCCCAUUUAUGUACAACAUGAAUGUUGUAAGUGUCGAUUUUUAUAAUCAUAGAAAGGGCCAGAGUAAGUCUCUAUACUUUCUGUAAACAGUGUUUGUUACCCCUGGUACUGCUGUCAAGAAACUAACAUAUAAACAAUGCAAUUUACAUAGGCUGUGUUACAUUUUCCCAUAUCAGUAAUAUAGGGUCAAUUUGUAUAUGUUUUAAUUCACUGGUUAGCUUUCCUUUUCAUUUCUAAGAUUCUAAAAGAAUAACCACGCUACAAAUAACUGAAAACUUUAUACAAAUGCAUGGAAGAUAUAAUGCAAAAAUGGAAGACUGACAACCAUUUAUAAAUAGAAUAUUGGUACAAAUAAUAGCCUUUAGGAAUAUUUUCUAAAUCAUUGACAAUUGGUGCAAUCACUAUAACCCUUAAGAAUCAGCUCGGUUUUGUUUACAAGCCAUUAAGAUUUAAAGAUAACCUGAUUAUUACUGUAGCAUAGUAAUAAUAUUUUUUACUUAUCCGUAGAAUAAUUCAGUUUUACAUACAUGAGAAAAUGCUACAAUUUAUGUACAAAGUGACUGACAGAAAGGAUCCAGGGAAUCAAUCAAUUAAGGUCUAAGUACUGUGCACAUUAGUAUUAGAACAAGAAUUUGUUUUCUUAAUGAAAGAUAAUGGAAGAUAUUAUAAAUUUGAAACUGUGAUAUUAUAUUGAUUGAAACCAAAACAAAUUAUGUUUCCCACAGGAAAUAACUUAUUGACACUUUAAUCACAAAUAUAAAAUAUUUUUUCUCCAUUGCAUAUGCCCAUCUGAAUUCAUUAUAAUCAUGUUACCAGUACUGUAUUUUUUAUUUGAUCAUCGAUUUCUCACAAGACAUUCUAAUUUAUGUUUACCCCCUUUAACACUGUUCACAUUGCACUGCAUAGUUCGAUUUUGUUUGCUAAAGUAAUGAAACUAUGAUCACAAUAUAACAUGUUGUAUGUCAAUCCAUAUCUCUGAAAUAUACAGUCCAGUUGUAUUGUAAUACAAUAUGUCAAAAUAGCAUCUAUGUGGCUCAGUUUGCAACAAACUUAUUUCUGCUGUGCUGCUAUAUUUGGAUUUAUUGAAAAAUACUGUAGCUACAAAUACAUCCAUGCCUGAAAGUAUAUUCAGAUGAACAUGGAUCUUGUGACAAAAUGUAGAAAGUGAUAGUAUGAAAAUAAUCUUGAUGGUUUUAGAUAAAUUUGUAGUUGUAAGAACCAGAGAAUCUAAUAAAUUAUAUCUGUGUGUGUUCAGUUGUUAAAAUUCUGGAAUAUCUCCAUAAUCUUACAUAAUUCUCCUCCAACAAAAUAUGCAUUUAGCCAAAUGCUAGUAGAACAGUGCUGAUGAAUGUAUAACUGCUUAAAAUUGUUUAAAGCUGUGUGUUUUAAUAAUGAACUAUGCACAUAUUAUUACAUUAGCAUUGUCUUACAGUUAGUUCCUAGCAACAGUGACCUUUUCCUGCUUUAAGUUCAUAUGAUUCACCCAGUUUGUGAUAGAUUAAUGAAAAAUGGUAAGUAAGGCAGUGCAUUUUAUAACACAUAAUUUUUUUUUUAUUUUGAAGAACUGUCAAUGCAAAUAAAACAUUUAUAAACAGUAAAAUGUGAAAUGUAUGUAUCUACCACAUACACUGCUUAUAUGAACAGUGCAUGUGAAAAGAUGAACUAAAUAUAUAUGCCAAUUUAUUCUUGUUUUAUACAUAUCAUGGAUAAUGGAAACAAUUUAGGGUUUGUAUGUGUGAUUACUAUUAAAAUAUUUUCUUUUUCUAUGGGCAGUACAUGAAACAGUGCAAUAUGUCACAUUCCAAUUUUUGUACAAGCACUAACAGAAACCACCUAAACCUGAAGCAUUAUUGACUAUGAAUAAUAAAUUCAGCAAGAUUUUAUUCGUUAAGUUCUUUAAAUUAUAAAAAGUAAUGGCCUGGUUUGCAAAUGACUUUUCAGGAAAAUUAAACUAGAAAUUAAAUCUAUAAAGCCACAUACAAUAGAGACAUUAUAUAUAGUGCCUUCUGUUGCUUUAUCUUGGCUAUUUUAUAAAUAAUCUUUAUUUAAUUUCAUUUUUUAAUGUUCCAUUCUAAUUCAAUAACUUAUGAGCAACUUAGAAACAGAACAGGUCAUUAGUUGUUAUACUCAAGUAUUGCAUUCGAAAACAGCACAAGUAUCAAAAUGUAUAUGACACUAUUCACAUUGAAAACAACAUGGUAAAAAAUAAAAAGGACCCCUGAUACAGAUUUUUAUGUUGGCCCUUGCCAGAUCGUAAAAGACACAUGUACUUAACAAAGCUAAGAGAAGAAAAAAUGAGGCAAAACAUAUGCUCUCCAGUUCUGAUACGUGAGUUUUUUUCCCAAGAUGUCAAGAGAGGAUAACUAAAACUAAAGAAUUGUUACACACUAUGUUGCUACCAGUUCUGAGAUUUGUAAAAGUGAGAAAUGUUUGCUUUUGCUCUGUUCUUUACUGAUUACAUUUAAGAUACUAUGAGCAGAUUUUUGUGUCUCAUCUACAAUCAGUUUACCACAAAGGGCAAACACAUGGCAAACCAAUUAUAUUUGCCUGCUUUAAACAAACAUUGUUGCAGCAUGUUUAUAAUCUCAUUACAUGUCUUCUACAAAGAAUGCUUUGACAAUUCAGUACAAUCACUUACUUUAAAAUAUAUUUUCAUGAAUGUUGUCUAAUAUUAUCUAAGUUAAUCAUAUUAUCUCCGUGUACAUUGUUUAUCUUUU